ACGUAAUCGAAACGUAAAAAAAUCAGAAUAAACAAAAGCGGGUCGAGUCCGACAGAGUCGGUGGUGAGAGAAAAAAAAAAAGCUAAGCUCACUGCAAGGAAGAAAAACUCUCUCUCCUCUCUCUAACUCUCUAAAAUUCCGGCGAAUCUCCGGCGACAUUGUAACCGGCAUGCCGGAUUCCUUCAAAUUAGGCGGUUUUCUUCUGUACAGCGUCUCAUUGGAGCUCUCCAUCACUGUUGAUUAAGUCUAUUUUCCAUGUGAAGAAAUAGAGCGAAAAAAUUGCCGACUGUUUGCUUGCCGGUUCGCAUUUUUGGGGAGUGGUAUCGAAAGUAUAUUCUCUAGUACGGUGACGAUUCCCGGAGCGUGCGGUUCUCCUUUUCCACGGUUCCGUUUCUUUGUAUUGACCUCCGAUCUAUCACUUUUUCAAAGGUGUUGAGAUGAAUGGUUCUUCUCGGAAUGGCAAGACUUCCGAUUUCGAGAAAACUUAUCCAGGAUGCUUGGGAAGAAUGGUCAAUCUCUUUGAGAUGAACAUUGGGGUGUCCGCAAAUAAACUUCUCACUGAUAAACCUCAUCGUGAUGGCUCUCCUGUGUCAAGGAGCCGAUCAGAUGUAACAAGGACGAGUCCAUCUCAUGAUCAAAUACAAGAAAAAGCGAUUGUGUCUGAGCUAAGAAACACUUCUUCGCAGAGAAAAUUAAACGUUACACCCAUGAAGAUGCUCAUUGCACAAGAGAUGUCGAAAGAAGUGGACAUGAGACGAAGUCCACCUAAUUUAGUUGCAAAACUAAUGGGGCUCGAUUCCCUUCCACCACAGGAACCUGACAGAGCGGUGCAAAGAAGCCAUUCGAAAGGUCAUCCCCGAUCUCAGUCGGAGAUACCGAUGGGUAACUGGGAGCAACAUAAUGGAUUCGUUCACUACGUAGAGCCAAAUGAAUACAAAGACGUUUACGAAAUAUGGCAGCAAUCGCAGAAAGUUACACACAAGGGAAGACAACACAACGAAACUGCUAGUGACAAAAAAAUGGCUCUUGUUCGUCAGAAGUUUGUCGAAGCAAAACGCCUGUCUAUGGAUGCAAAGCUUCGACAGUCUAAGCAAUUCCAAGACGCAUUGGAAGUUCUGAAUUCGAACAAAGACUUAUUUCUUAGGUGUUUGCAAGAACCAACUUCAGGGUUUUCUCAGCAACUUUACAAUGUGCAGUCUAUUGCUCCUCCACCAGAGACAAAGCGUAUCACUGUGCUUAGACCUUCAAAGGUCGCAGAUAAUUAUAACUUUGUUGGAUCUGGGAAUAAAGAAGGAAAACAAAUGCCGAAUAAUUUGGAGAAAAGCCAUCAAAGUUCGCCUCCUGCAAAUUGGAGUAAUAAUAACGAAAAUACAACUCAACCAACUCGAAUAGUAGUUCUAAAACCAAGCCUUGGUAAAAUACUCGACGAUAGGGCUAUGAGUUCUUCUCCACAGUCACAAUCAGCAAGGGUACACGGUGAGGACUUUUUUGGGGAUGUAGAAGACAACGAGAAUCACGAAUCAAGAGAAGUUGCAAAAGCAAUCACACAGCAAAUGCGUGAAAAACUCGGCAGGCACCAUAGAGACGAAACUGGGAUUUCUUCGGUGUUUUCCAACGGUUAUGUGGCUGAUGAAAGUUCGUUUAAUAAAUCGGAAAUCGAUUAUCCGGCCGGUAAUUUAAGUGACUCCGAAGUCAUGUCGCCUGUAUCUAGGCAUUCUUGGGAUUAUGUUAAUAGGCUUGGCAGUCCGUACUCAUCUUCGUCUUUUAGCAGAGCGUCUUAUUCUCCAGAGUCGUCGGUUUGCAGAGAAGCAAAGAAACGUCUUUCUGAAAGAUGGGCAAUGAUGUCAUCUAAUGGGACUUGUCAAGAACAGAGACAUGUACGGAGAAGCUCGAGUACAUUGGGUGAAAUGCUUGCUCUUUCUGAGGCAAAGAAGGCAGCUAUGCUCGGUGAACAAAAAGGCAGUCCUAAUGAAGAAAUCGAUGAUGCAAAUUCUCUCUUAGUUACGCCGCACAGAGAGUGGCUCAACGGGCACGUUUCGGUUUCUGAUAAGGGCAAAGUUGAAGUUCCUAAAGAGGCGAGUAGAAGUGCUAAAUCAUCACUGAAAGUGAAAGUCCUCGACGUUUGUUUUUCUCGAGGAACAAGAAGACUGUUGCAGACACAAUUUUCGGUAUCGAAACCUAUUACACCGGGUGAGAAUCAAGAACAACCAAGUCCAAUAUCUGUCUUAGACCCACCCUUUGAAGAGAAUGAUCUUACAGCACCACCUGUCUCCCCUGUCAAAUCUGACAGACACGACGGAGUCGAAUUGCCACUAAACCACAUUAAAUCAAACUUGAUCGACAAGUCACCGCCCAUAGGCUCCAUCGCUCGAACCCUAUCGUGGGAAGAUUCAUGCGUGGACACAGCAUCGUCGUACGCAGUAGCAAACGAAUCAUCGUUAAUCAAUGCCCGAGGCACGGACGAAGAGGAGAGGGAAUGGUUUUUCUUCGUCAAAACGUUAUUAUCUGCCGCCGGUCUACAUGGCGAGCUGCAAUCCAGCUCGUUCACGGCCAGGUGGCACUCGCCCGGAAUCCCAUUGGACCCAUCGUUGAGAGACAAGUACAUCGAUCUAAACGACAAGGCGACGAAUUAUACGCACGAAGCCAAGAGGAGGCAGAAGAGAUCUCUGCAGAAGCUUGUUUUCGACUGCGUAAAUGCCGUGUUGGUUGAAAUUGGUGGAGAGAACGGAUUGAUAAAAUCGAAUAGCAAUAAUAAUAUUGUGGAUGAGGUGUGGGGACGGAUGAAUGCGUGGAUGAAUGAGUGUGGGGCCCGCGACAGCAACGACAGCCUGGCGGUGGAGAGGGUGGUGAGGAAGGAGGUGGUGGGGGGGAAGUGGUGGGUUGAGAAUUUAAGAAUGGAGGUGGAUUAUUUGGGGAAGGAAAUUGAAGUGAAGCUGCUGGAGGAGCUUGUGGAGGAGGCGGUGGUUGAAUUGACAGGUAGAGGGUGACAGGUGGCUUUUUUUUUUUUUUAAUAUUCUUUUAGCAACAGUUUAUAUGUUGUUGUUUGAGAUACUGUUAUUAUUUAUUUUAUUUUUGUGUUUUAUUAUUACACGACAAAAUGAAUGGUCCACCCCCACCCAGCCACUGUAACUAACUGUUCGGCGGUGCAAAUUGCCACUAAUAUGCAUUGUCAGGUA